GUCCGAAGCCCGAGGCUAGUAAAAACCUAGAUCGGACUAGUAUUUGUCUCUAGGUGACUAGUCCGCGAGGCUAGUAAAAAAAAAUCGAGAGAAUACGUAUAAAAUUACCCAAAAAAUCCAUAGCGUGAGUUUUCUACGGUGUUUAUUUCACGAGUGUAGAUAUUACGCGCACCGGCGGAAAUAGACUGGUUAAGCGUUCCUUUUCGCUGAAUUAUCCUUAGCGAGAAGCAAAAGGAAAACCAGUCUGUUUAACCUAGCGUGACCUUUACCUUACGAAAAUAGAAAGGUAAAUUUGUAAACAAAUGUUUCAACUAAUGUAUACACCCGGGGCCAUCCCGGGAAAGGCCAAUAAGCGGCAUUUAUCCGAAGAGGAAAAAAUAUCCGCAAAAAAAAAGUAUGAAUCAAAAAGAACGCGGAGCUUCCAGCCUUCCUGGGAAAAAAGUUUUCCGUGGCUUACUUACAAUUCUGAAUCUGGCAAGAUGUUUUGCACCUUUUGUAUUAAAACAUCAAACGAGUGUGUUUUUACCACCGGGUGUUCUAAUUUCAAAGUGGAAACACUAAACGCUCACCAGGAAAGCCGUGGACACCAAAAGGCUGCUGGUGAACAUCAUGCAAAAUCUGCCCCCACCCACUCCAAAACGAGUGAGGCAGCAAAUUGCCUGUUAAAACUCAAGCAAAAUGAGUAUCAAAAAUUAAUUAUAAAGUUUAGGACAGCUCAUGCCCUUGCUAAAUCACACCAGAGUUUUAAUUUCUAUAACACCAUCUGCCGGUUAGACAAGGUCAAGGGCUUAGAUGUGGGAAAGAGUUACUUAAACGACAAAGCAGCAGCCUCUUUCACUAAAGCCAUUGCCGAAGUUACUAGGCAAAAAGUGCUGCAGAAACUUCGCCAGUCACCUUUUUUUUCUUUUACCAUCGAUGGAGCCACUGACUUUACCGGAGAGGACUUGGAAAAUAUUUAUGUCAGAACUUGUAUCCAGGGGCAGAUACAGGAUACAUUCCUGUAUAUUGGAAGCGCUGAGUCUGCAACAAGUAGAGACAUUCAUAACCUGAUAUUAAAAGUAUUCGAAGAAUAUGGAAUUUCCGAUGUUUUUGAGAAGAGGCUUGUGGGAUUUUGUGCUGACGGAGCCUCCAACAUGCAAGGCCUCAAGUCUGGACUAGCUGCACUGAUACGGGAGCAGCAGCCAUACUGUAUCAUUACCCACUGUCUUGCUCACCGGCUUGAGCUGGCUUUCAAGGAUGCCAUCAAAACAUCAUCAACCAGCAAACUGUACGACAAAACCUUGACGCUGCUGAUUGGGCUGUACUAUUUGUAUCGUAGAAGUCCAAAGAUGAAAAAACAGUUGAAGAAUGCAUUUACCACAAUGGAGAUCAAACAGGUUCUGCCCACGAGGAUUGGUGGUACGAGGUGGUUGCCCCAUAUGGAGCGAGCCAUCAACGCUUUUUUGGGUGGCUACAGGGCUAUCCGAGCUCAGCUCGAGACCGGAUCUCACAACAAUCCAAAGGCAGAGGGACUGGCGAAAUUGGCAUCAGAUGGACACGUGAUCAUCUACAUCCUACUACUGAAGUCUGUUGUGCGGCAUCUCCAGAAAUUGUCCAAGUAUCUGCAGACUACAGGACUUUCCUUAGCUGAUGCUUAUAAUCGAGUGGCUGCAACCAAGACAGUCCUGCUGAAUAUGAUGGGCAGAUUUUGGGGACAAAGAAGUGUUCACCUUAGUGAACUAUUUCUCAACACAGCUACAGAAUGUGGCUAAGGAUAUCUCCAUGGAGGAUUACAUGGACGAAUGGCAGAUUCUGCGAUCUCUGGUGUACAAGAGGUAUGCUACUGAGCUGCAAAGUGGGACUCUGACAUUGGAAAAAGUUCUUAAGGGUUUGGCAAGUCAGAAACUGAAUAAUGUCACCCGGGUGCUGGAUCUCUUGGGCUCAUUACCACCAACAUCCGUGAAAAAUGAGAC